AUGAGUAAUAUCGCCAAUGUUUUUAAUCCUCAACAAGAAUCAAAACCAAUCGAAGAUUGUUUGAGUUGUGAUAUUUUCAACUCAAUUUUUCUUCUUGGUACAGGUGGAUAUUUAGUAAGUGGUAAAGCGAUAGUCAAGGAUAAAAAGGUGUUGCUAAAAGAUUUCAACGAAAAGAAUCCAGCCUGGUGGAGGAAUGGUAUAAGAGGCCUUGGUGGGUUUCUCAUUGCUUAUGGUGUGUAUAGAAGCUUUGACACGUACGGUUCUUGGAAAACCUCCCAAGAAAAGAAACUGUCUAAUUAG